GAUCUUACAACGACUACAUCGAUAGGAUCGAAAAACGCACCUCCGAUGCUAUUGCCCUGCACCGCUCUGGCGAGACGGCAAAGGCUCUUCGGACGUUGAAGGAGGUCCGGGACAGUUUCCAUUCGGCGGUAGAGCUGGACUCGAAGAAGCCCGAUGCGUACGUCACUUUCGCACAGUCCAUGCUAAGCUGCAAUCAGCUGGAGGAUGCCGUCGAUGCUUGGGAAGGAGCCGUACAAAGAAUUGACAGAAGGAAAGAGCCGCGCCUUUUCGAUUGGGCUGCCGGCAGGCUGCGAUGGACGAGGUAUGGUUUGGUGUCAAUGCAGCGGGACGAGGUCUAUGCAGAUGGCCAGGGAGAUUUGCAGGCUUCCCUGAAGCUGAUUGAGAAGCAGCUGGAGAUAUAUCCUGGCUUUCCCGACAUGCACCAUGACUUGGCAACGACCCGCGUCAUGGUCUCCGAGCUCCAGCAGGACUCGAACAUCACGGCGGAGGCUGUAGAGAGCUUCAAGCAAGCCCAGGAGAGAGCUUUCGAGGCCUGGAAAGCCGGACUCCUCGAGCGGAAGCGCUCCAAGAAUUGCGACCAUGGGUCGCUGGUCUAUGAUUGGACCCAGACUUCUGCAGCAGGAUUUGGGGUCUCCGUGGAAUACCUCGGGAAGGAAGCGCUGGCUGAAUCAGAGGGCUACGUCGCCACCUUCAAGGAUGUGGCGCUGGCAGGUGAUGAUGGCAUCAUCGUUGACGAGAAGAACUGCCACAUUUUUCUGGCCUCUUCGGGCUUGGCUGUGAAUCUUGCGGCGAACUUGCAGUUGUUGGAGGUCUGGGGGGAUCCAGCUACUCCCUAUUCUUCAGGACCGCGGUGGAAAUGGCAUGACUACUCCCAAGGUCGGGCGCCCGAGCACGGAUCGUGGGAGAAGCCCGUGCAGGUUUCCAAGGUGGCCAGUGUGGUGCAGUUUGCCGCCGCAUCGCAUUUCCACGUGCUGACGGAGGUACUUGGGCGGCUCUGGUUGCUGGUGUCGCACGGUGUGUUGAAAGAUCCCGAAAUGCACCUGGUGCUGCCAAAACCGUUUGGUUUCCUGGCUGCUGGGCUAAAGCUGCUGACUCGGGGGCUCGAGCUGCCAAGCAAGAGGUUCAUUCACUGGACAUCCGGGCCAAAUGACGUUCGACUGCGGGCGGGAACGCUCGUCUUCGCGAACUGGAAGCCUCCGGUGAAGUUCGGGGACGAUGGUGGCCACUGCCCCACACCGGGGGCCGUGCUCCGGGGCCUCCGCAGCGCUCUGCAGCCGCUCGCUGCUGCAAAGCCGGCGCCUCGUGCGCUUAUCUUCAUCAAGCGGAAGAAGGGCGAUAUGCGAAGCAGCCUACAAGACGAGUCCUGGUUCACAGAGCAACUAAAGCAGCUCGCGACGCCGACGCUGCAAUUCCAGGUAUUCGAUGGAAGUGCCAAGCCAAAGCGCACUGCCCAGCUCUUCGCCCGGGCCCGGAUAGUCAUCGGAGCCCACGGCGGUGCUCUGUCGAACAUCCUCUUCUGCCCAGAGGAUGUUGAGAUCUUCGAGCUCGGCUUCCGAACGCCUUUUGCAGGGCAUUACCGAUAUCUGUCGAAGAUGCUCAACUUGCGGAUGACGUUGCUGCCCCUGGUGCCGGAUAGCCGGGGCAUCGGAAGCCAAGACAUCGCUUUUGCCAACUUGAAGGAGGUCCGUGAGGUUGGUAUGCUGGCCUCGUGUGGGACGUCUUCAAGCCACGAUCUGCCAGGGCCCCAAAGCGACUUGCCCGGCACUCUGGGGAAAAGAUCGUGCUGGCCCUGGUUGUUUGAAGAGCUGAGCUUGCUGGUUGCGCAUGCCACGCUUGCGCGCCCAGCUCCUUCGCAAAGCAUGUUGACUGCUCCUAAGGGCAAAGGCAAAGGUAGUCAGCAGGCCGAUGCUAAAGUCGAUGCCAUGCUUCACCUGCUGUUAGGAUGGCCUUCCGUAAGCGUGCAGAUCGUUACCUACGACCGCCCAGCUUGGCUACAGCAGGCUAUCCGGCAGAUCGAGAUGCAGGACUACCCUGGCGCGGUGGAGGUGGUCGUCAUGGAUGACAGCCCGGAAGCCAGCACGCCCCUCGUUCGGUCCAAGCUGCCUGUCAGGUACUUCCACCUCGAAGAGCGGCACACGAUCGGAGAAAAGCGGAACAUGGCCGUCUCAGCUGCAAGAGAGUCAGCUUCCGACAUCGUCUGCAUAUGGGACGACGAUGACAUCUUCACUGUAGACAGGUUGCGGCAGCAAGUUUCGCGAAUGCUCGCGCGAAAUGCUUCCUGCUCCAGCAUACAGGUUGCGUUUGUCGCCGUGCUUCCGCAGAAGGGGCGACCAGGUGUGCUGCAAAGAUGCAAGGGUAUGCCGCUGCCGUUCGAGAACAGCUUUUGCUUUCGCAUGAGCUGGUUGGACGAGAGACCUCCAUUCACGAACUCCAGUCUCGGUGAGGGGAAUGCCCUCUUCGAAGGUCUAAGCGACUGGUAUUCCGAGGCUCAGCCGGUUCCGGGCGAGGAGCUCCCUUUUCUCUACAUCCGCACGGCCGCAUCGACAGCUCCUGACGACGCUUUGGAGCCCUACCCAGUCCGCUCCAUGCUUGUUGCGUCCAAAGAAGGUGGAGCAAAAAGACUGGACUUCGCGCUGCUAACUUUGGCGAGGGCACUGCGGCGACAGCGCUUUCCAAAGCUGGAAGAGUCCUCCCCUGGGGCGGCGGCGCUGGCACUAGUGCGACAGUCGCUGAAGGCAGCGCUGCGGAAGGAUUUGGAAGACAUGUCGGCCAACGUCGCAGACUCCCUUCAGCUGGCGCCCAGCUAUUGGCGAGCGCUGUGCACUCCAUCACUUCCCGGGCCAGCGGGAGAGGCAGCCGAGGGGUCAUGGAAUGCUUCCCUGGCUCCUCGGAGCUUCGACGCAGAGGAACCGCUACCAUCUCCGGAGCAGGCUCUCCGGCUGCUGCGUGACGUGCUGUCGACGCUCUGA